AUGAAUCCAUUCAGAAGAUCCACGGCCGCCUGGCACUCGGUUGGUCUCGCCUCUGACCUGCCUGACCUCGACGAGGAUGGCCAGCGGGUCGCUCCAAAAUGCAAAGCCUUCACCAUCCCCACCAACGGGGCAGUGGAACGUGUGGAAGACAUUGACCUCCCGGGCGAACUGAAGGAUCAAGUCUUGGUCUUCCGGUACAAAGGGAAAUACCACGCCAUCGAUCAUCAAUGCCCGCACUCGUCCUACCCUCUGUCGCAGGGACGUCUCUUUGACAUCGAGGACUUUGGAGUCGUGCUCAGUGCGGGGAUUACGUGCCCCAAGCAUGAUUGGUCUUUUGACAUCUUCUCCGGCCAAGCAGAUCGGGGUAAAUAUAAGUUGAAGGUGUGGGAGGUCGACUUACGUCCCUCGACCACCCCCGGGGUGGCUGAUCAGGAGGUCUGGGUAAGGCGCAAGCAAAGGAUCGGCUGA